ACUCCAUUUCUGGGAAGUCCCAAUACCCCUCCUCUUCUUCGAUUCACUAACGAUGGAAUUAUCACGAGAUGGUCAGUGAAUGGGAAGUUAGGCUCAGAUAUGCCAGAACUGGCAAUAUGGAGGCUCAAUGGUGCCGGUGCAAAUGCAGUGUACCAGAUUGUACAAGGAACCACUGCAGUUUAUAAAUAUACAGAUUGGGAGACUUUAACGUUUGUUUUUCAAGAAAUUUUGUUUCGAGAAGGGGAUGUGCUGGGGGUGAGUUAUCUCGGCAGGCAGAGGGUGGAGUUGGGGGAAAUAUUACUGGGUUCAGAUGGCUAUGGAUCUGGAUCUGGAUCUGGAUCUGGAUAUUGUGGAUCUGGAUACGAUCCUGAAGACGCUAAGAGUGGUGUGAUUGAAAUCUCACUUGCAGUCGAUUUAGACAUCAGUGAUGGAGCAAUUGUGUCAGAUCAGGUAGCUGAACCCGUCAUUUCCAACGAAGCCCUCUUCAGCAAUACACACUCAGACACGGAGUACACGGCAUUCCCACAAUUCUCUAUUCCCGUCAGUGGAUAUCUCAAAAGGUGGUUGUUUGCAGUGCAGGUUACUCCAGUCCUCCGUCCCGACCAACGUAACCUCCAGCUGCAAGUCUGGAGAGAGGCACCAAACGUCCUGAUUCAAACGUUCAGUCUAAUACACUCCAUCAAUGUCAGUGUUGACCGAGGAGCUGUGCCUGGGGGACCACUUGGUACAUGGGAGAUUAUCAUCCAGGAACCUCUUGCAGUCGAGCCUGGGGACAUACUCGGGUUCCACCAACCACCUGUUGAGCUGCGAUUGGCUCUGCUGAACGGCUCAAAGACAACUGCACAUGAGCUGAUUCUCCUGCAUGUAGAAGAUCCAUUCCUUCUGACAAGGUCCAGAGGCAACACGGAGCAGGCAACCCCACUCAUGGCGGUGGAAAUCUUACCAGAUCCGAAGCCCUCUCCCUCUCCAAGUCCAACAACAAGAAGUCCAACAACAAGAAGUCCAACAACAACAACACCAACCAUAGCAGUGACAACAGGAGACGAUGAGGCCCUGUUGUCGCGAGGCGAGACAAUCACCACUGCCACUGUGUCAGUAGCAGUGGUGAUAGUGGGAGCAGUGCUGGUCGGACUUAUUCUACUCUACGGCUGCAAGAAGCUCUGCUACACAGAGACUAAGCUCCAGCACAAGAGCAGUCUCUACUACACAGUCCCAAAACCUCAUUCGGAGAAUUCUCUCUCCAGUCACGUCUUCCUCAGGUCGCACGUUACUACACCUGAACCGGACAAUGUGACAUAGUGGACCUUGAUUUUCUACUAAUUUUAUAAGGACACUUU